GGGACCUUGUGGAGCGGAUCGCUGUCGUAGUUGUUCGGUGCAGUUCGAUAUCGCUUCAGCCAUGGAGACAGAGCCGCUGAGACCUCUCUUUAAUGAGAACAAGACUGCGGUGGAUAAGGUGAAGAAAGGGGAUAACAAACGCCUCUCUGUCGAACGUAUUUACCAGAAGAAGACCCAAUUGGAGCAUAUAUUGCUCCGCCCAGAUACCUACAUUGGCUCCGUAGAGCCUGUUACGCAGCAAAUGUGGGUGUUUGACGAAGAUGAAGGGCUAAACAACAGAGAAGUGACUUUUGUCCCUGGCUUGUAUAAAAUCUUUGAUGAAAUCUUAGUAAAUGCUGCUGAUAACAAGCAGAGGGACCCGACAAUGUCCUGCAUCAAGAUCGUAAUUGACCCUGAGAAUAAUUCAGUAAGUGUGUGGAAUAACGGGAAGGGUAUUCCCGUUGUGGAACACAAAGUAGAGAAGGUCUACGUUCCUGCCCUCAUCUUUGGACAGCUCCUGACCUCCAGUAAUUAUGACGAUGAGCAGAAGAAAGUUACCGGUGGUCGUAAUGGUUAUGGUGCCAAACUGUGUAACAUUUUUAGCACCAAAUUUACAGUGGAAACUGCAUGCAGGGAGUACAAGAAGAUCUUCAAACAAAGUUGGACCAACAACAUGGCAAAUACUGCGGAGCCCAAGAUAAAAUCUUUUGAUGGAGAAGAUUAUACCUGCAUCACGUUCCAGCCAGACCUAAGCAAAUUCAAGAUGCAGACUCUGGAUAAGGACAUUGUGGCUCUGAUGUCUCGAAGAGCUUAUGAUGUCGCAGGCUCUUCCAAAGGAGUGAAAGUCUUUCUCAAUGGCAAAAAGCUUCCUGUAACUGGCUUCCGCAGUUAUGUGGACAUGUAUGUUAAAGAUAAGGUGGAUGAGACGGGGAAUUCUUUGAAAAUCGCCCAUGAGGUAGUGAACGACCGCUGGGAGAUGUGUCUGACCAUGAGUGAAAAGGGCUUCCAGCAAGUCAGCUUUGUCAACAGCAUUGCUACCACAAAGGGUGGUAGACACGUUGACUACGUUGCUGAUCAGAUUGUUACCAAAAUCAUUGAUGUUGUUAAGAAGAAGAACAAGGGUGGAGUGGCUGUGAAGCCUUUCCAGGUGAAGAACCACAUGUGGCUCUUUGUGAACUCUUUGAUUGAGAACCCAACGUUUGACUCCCAGACCAAGGAGAACAUGACGCUGCAGUCGAAGAGCUUUGGAUCCAAAUGUGCGCUGUCUGAGAAAUUCAUUAAAGCUGCCACAAACUGUGGGAUUGUGGAAAGCAUCUUGAACUGGGUGAAGUUUAAGGCACAGACGCAGCUGAAUAAGAAAUGCUCUGCAGUGAAGCACACAAAGAUUAAAGGCAUUCCUAAACUUGAUGAUGCUAAUGAUGCCGGUAGCAAACUUUCCAAUCAAUGCACACUCAUCCUAACUGAAGGAGACUCAGCCAAGACAUUGGCUGUGUCUGGCUUAGGUGUGGUCGGAAGGGAUCGGUUUGGUGUUUUCCCGCUGAGGGGCAAACUGCUGAAUGUUCGGGAAGCUUCACACAAGCAGAUUAUGGAGAAUGCCGAAAUAAACAACAUUAUUAAGAUUGUGGGUCUGCAGUACAAGAAAAACUAUGAAGAUGAAGAAUCUCUGAAAAGUCUUCGUUAUGGAAAGUUAAUGAUUAUGACAGAUCAGGAUCAAGACGGCUCCCAUAUUAAAGGCUUGCUUAUUAACUUCAUUCAUCACAACUGGCCAUCUCUGCUCAAGCACAGCUUCCUGGAAGAGUUCAUUACCCCCAUUAUUAAGGUUUCCAAAAAUAAGCAGGAACUCUCCUUCUACAGUAUCCCAGAGUUUGACGAAUGGAAGAACCAGAAUGAUGGUCACAAGAGCUGGAAAAUAAAGUACUACAAAGGUCUGGGGACCAGCACGGCUAAAGAGGCAAAGGAAUAUUUUGCGGAUAUGGAGAGGCAUCGAAUUACGUUUAAAUACGGUGGCCCAAUAGACGAUGCUGCGAUCACCCUGGCCUUUAGCAAGAAGAAGGUGGACGACCGCAAGGAAUGGCUGACAAACUUCAUGGAAAACCGAAGGCAGAGGAAACUGCAUGGUUUGCCAGAGGAGUUCUUGUAUGGGAAAUCCACAAAGUACUUGACCUACAACGACUUCAUUAACAAAGAACUCAUUCUAUUCUCCAACUCUGACAACGAACGCUCCAUCCCAUCUUUGGUUGAUGGUCUGAAGCCCGGACAGAGAAAAGUGCUGUUCACUUGUUUCAAAAGAAAUGAUAAGAGAGAGGUGAAGGUUGCCCAACUGGCUGGUUCUGUGGCUGAGAUGUCAGCAUAUCAUCACGGUGAGGCCUCACUGAUGAUGACCAUUAUCAACUUGGCACAGAACUUUGUGGGUAGCAACAACAUCAACCUCUUACAGCCGAUUGGUCAGUUUGGUACCAGACUGCAUGGUGGCAAAGAUGCUGCCAGCCCUCGAUACAUCUUCACCAUGCUUAGCACACUGGCUCGCCUCCUUUUCCCUUCAAUGGAUGACAGUGUCCUGAAAUUCAUCUAUGAUGACAACCAGAAGGUUGAACCAGAGUGGUACAUUCCAAUCAUUCCUACCGUACUGGUGAAUGGCGCAGAGGGUAUUGGUACUGGCUGGUCCUGUAAAAUCCCAAAUUAUGAUGUCCGGGAAAUAGUAGGCAACAUUCACAGGAUGCUAGAUGGAGAAGAACCCCAGCUAAUGCUCCCAAGCUACAAGAACUUUAAGGGAAUGAUUCAGGAGCUUGGUGUUAACCAGUUUAUCAUUAAUGGUGAGAUCUCCGUUCUUGACACAACCACUCUUGAAAUCUCUGAGCUGCCUGUUAGGACAUGGACACAGAACUACAAGGAACAGGUGCUGGAGCCAAUGCUAAAUGGGACAGAAAAGACUCCCGCUCUAAUUACAGACUACAAAGAAUAUCACACGGACACCACAGUAAAGUUCAUCAUUAAGUUGACUGAGGACAAGCUGGCUGAGGCCGAGGCAGCUGGUCUGCACAAAGUCUUUAAGCUUCAGGCUCCUCUUACAUGCAACUCUAUGGUGCUGUUUGAUCACACGGGAUGCCUGAGAAAAUAUGAGACUGUGAUGGACAUUCUGCGAGAGUUCUUUACUCUGCGUCUUCGCUACUAUGGACUUAGGAAGGAUUGGUUGUUGGGCAUGCUAACGGCGGAAUCCUCCAGGCUUAGUAACCAGGCCCGGUUUAUUCUGGAGAAGAUUGAGGGAAAACUAGUAAUUGAAAACAAACCUAAGAAAGAGCUCAUCCAGAUGCUAGUCCAGAGGGGAUAUGACUCUGACCCAGUAAAAGCCUGGAAGCAAACGCAGGAAAAGGAGGAAGCUGGAGAGAUGAUUGAAGAGGAAGAAAGUGAAGCUCCGACUACUGGUCCAGAUUUCAAUUAUCUCCUUAACAUGCCCAUGUGGUACUUGACCAAAGAGAAGAAGGAUGAGCUGUGCAAGCAGAGAGAUGCUAAGAUCAAGGAGUUGGAAGAUCUUAAAAAGAAGUCUCCAUCCGACUUGUGGAAGAAUGAUCUUGCGGUCUUUAUUGAAGAGCUCGACCGCGUUGAAGAGAAGCAGAGGGAAGAUGACGCCUUUGCUAUCCAGGGCAAAGUAACGAAGGGCAAGAGUGGCAGACCACAGGUGAAAAAGCUGCAGCACCAGGAGACCUUGCCUUCACCACACGGAAGACGCGUCAUUCCUAGAAUUACAACCGCUAUGAAAGCAGAGGCCACUAAGAAAAUUAAGAAGAAAAUCAAGGGCGAGGACGUUGCCAAGAAGAUGGAGUUUGGAGAAGAUGAAGAUGGACAGGAGAGUCAAGAGAACAGUCCAGAGAACAGUCCUGAAGGCAUGAGCCUUACUGAGAGACUGGCCAAGAAAGUGAAGGCAGAACCAGGUACUAAAGCUAAGGAAACCAAAGGAAAGAAGCAGAUGACUCUUCAGUUCAAACCUGUGAAAAAAGAACCUCGGGCACAAAUUGAUUCCGAUAGCGAGUUUGAACCAGAGGAAGUGAUACCACGUGUAAUACAGCCACGCCGGGCUACUGCUCAAGUAAAAUAUGUCCUGGACUCGGAUGAGGAAGAGGAUGCUGGCUCUAACAAGGCGAGUGACGCUAGUGACAUUGAUAGCGAUGCUGCAUUUGACCCAUGCGUAGAGUCUGAUGAAUCAUUUGAAGUUGCUAAACCUGCACGCAAGCCAAAAGCUGCCUCCAAGAAUGUUAAAAAAGAGGCCAGUCUGGACAAAGAAGAACCAGCUAAAACAAAGAAGCAAAGUUCUUUAAAAGAACCCGAACUGCCUAAAGCACUUGCCAAGAAGGAUCCCAGUCCUGAUAAGAAACCAGAACCCGAACUGCCUAAAGCACUUACCAAGAAGGAUCCCAGUCCCGAUAAGAAAUCAGACUCUUCCCCAACAGAAUUCAUUAUACGCGUAAGGUUCUUGAUGCAGUAUUUGCAAAAUGUCUUAGCAGGUUCAAUCGAAAGCGAUGGUGAGGACCCUCCCAUGUCACUGCCGCGUGCCCCCACUGCUGUCCCAGCUGCCAAGAAACCAGCAAAAGAGAAAGCGGCAAAAGAGAAACCUGUAAAGGCUGCAAAAGAGAAACCAGCCAAACCGGCUGGCGAGAAGGCGGCUCCCAAGAGACAAGCAAAGAAAGCAGUUAGCACUGCUGCCAAGAAGGAUAAGCAGCCAUCCAUCUUAGAAGCCUUGUCCAAGCCCCAGACAUCCAAGUCUACAACUGCAGCCAGACCUGUGGACGACUCUGAUGAUGACGACAUUGCUCCUCCCAAAAGGCACGUUAAGCCAAGUAAAAGGAAGAAUUCUGACUCAAGCUCCGACUCCGAUUUUGGUCCAAAGCCGAAAAGCAAAACUGCCAAGAAAACCAAGGCAGCGGAUGACAGCUUCCAUAUAGACCUCACUUCAGAUUCAGAGGAUGUCGGCAAUGCACCCGUGCGUUCCCGCACAGGCCGUGCCAAGAAACCGAUCACAUACCUAGAAGAUUCUGAAGAUGACAUGUACUAAACGCAAUAAGUACCGUUCUUCCCCCAACAGAA